UCAAUAUAAGGACAAGUACGUUUCUAUAUUAGGCGAGGUUACGGUCAAAUCUCAAGAUCCAAAAUUAGCCGAAGUCACCGAGAGUUUGAAAAAACUAGAAAAGGAUUGCAUUGCGUGGAAAAGUAAAAUUUCAUUAUUUUGA